UUUGGUGGAAACUAGAGAUAUUUCAUGGCAUCAGGAAAUGGGGUCCAAUGUCUUUUUCUUUUAUGGGGUUUCAUGUUUUUGAAGGGUUUAAUGGCGCAUUAUUCGAAAUGAAUCCUGGUUUGACUGAAAGACUUUGGGAUCCACACGGGUAAAGCAGAGAUAACACUGUUUCUCCCAACUUUGAACUGGUUGUUCAUCCACUGGGCUUAUCUGCUUUAUGUUUGUCUCUUGGUACAUAUCUACUACAAUGAUUUUUUUAAAAGACUAGUUUUGGUCUACAUGUCCCCACUGAAGCUACAGGGUUUGGUACAAGCAAAUUUGCUGCAACAAUAAAUGAUUCAAUUUACUCUUUUUAUCUUUUCCUUCUUUGUUAUGUUGUCUUUAAACGAUUUUCAUGUGUGAAGAUAUUGCAUGAUGUAUGCCUGUAAGCGAGUAACAGAUUUUUUCAUUUUCCUCUUUGUAUUUGAUGAAGUCUGAAAGUAACCCUCCUUUUCUGAAUUAACAGGGUUUUGAUGAACUGGAAUUGAAGCUUCAAUACACUACAAUUGAGCUAGAGUCUGUCAAAAUGGAAGCCAAUGAGCAAAUAAGGAAAUACAGGGAGGAGAUAAAGUGUUUGCUCAAUCUCCUAAAGCUUGCAUACCAACAAAGAGAUGAAGCAAGAGAUCAGUUGCGAAAACUACUUAACAAGUUAAUGCCUUCGGGUCCAACUGAACUGCAACCAAUCCUCCCUCAUCCCCAAUCUGAAAGUCCCCCUAUGAUUGCAGCAAAAGCAAACUCAAGCAUAACUGAAUCUAACAGUUUAUCAGAUACAUAUAACCACCGGCAGUCACAUGGCUCUUCCCCAGUAGAUUCCUUCUUUGAUGCAGUCACUUCACCUGAUUUUUCAAGCAUUAAAAUGGCUGAUUCAGGUAGCACGGGGUUUGUGAAUCAGCCCUUUGUUCAAGAGUAUAAUGGUUCUGUGUCAAUUGGAUUGGUCUCCUCGGGGGUGACCAACAUUGAUCCUGCUACAACUGUGAUUGAUAACCUUGCAAAAGGGAAAACUUUGCCUCAGAAAGGAAAGCUUUUGCAAGCUGUUAUGGAAGCAGGUCCUCUUCUUCAGACACUUCUUGUUGCUGGGCCCCUUCCUCGAUGGAGAAAUCCUCCUCCUUUGCAUUUCAAAGUCCCUCCUGUUUUAAUCAAAGGUUGUGAUUCUAAAACUGCUAACCAAAAACUAGCUGCCAAAACAAAUAGGACCAUUGUUCAAAAACUAUUGAACUCAUCAUCAUCAUACCCUGAGAUGUCUUGUGGCUCUCAUCAAAUGUGUUCAGCAGCUAUGUUGAAUUUUGCAAGUUCUGCUUCUGCUCCAGGGCUGAGCAACUCAAAGCUGUUGAGUUCAGGUGCUGGUGUUAACACUCAAAUCACAGCAGGAAAGCGCCAAAGGUUUCUAUGAGUUGAAAGAAGCUUUGCUUCAGUUUUGUAAAGAUUAUAUGUGAAGGGGUGGUGGUGUAAUUAAAUUUUAUACGCUUUUCGGGGGUUUUAAUUGAAUGAUAUAGCAUAGCUGUUCAACACUUUUAACUUUUGGAUUAUUCUUGUAUAUCCUGAUUUUGAAUUUCUUGUUCAUUUCCUCCCCCUUUUGUUGCAUCAAAACGUGAAAAAUGAUAUAAAAGGAUUUUUUUUCUUUCCACAUAUACCUCUUAUACCAAUUUUCUUUCGAAUUAAAAUAAAAUUGAAUUGGUUUCUUGCUUUCCAUCUUUCCGUAGGCCUAGUCUUUCUUGAAAACAUCUUUUGCCGCCACAUGAUACAAGCAUUAAUUGGAUAGUUGAAUUUCUAAAUGCUAUGUUAAAGUUCCUUCACCCCAUCCCAGAGCUUAGCUCAACUAAACUAUUAUGGAUUGAUCCAUGAAAUGGUGAAAACCAGGCUAAAAAGGAGAAGUUUUGCCAGUAUGAAAGGUGCAAAUUCAUUUAGGAGAGAAUAUUUAGCAUUGGGAUCAUCUUCCUUGACCUCAAGAUGUUCAUGAGUUAACUACUCGACUGAUAAAAAAAUGGAAGAGCUACUGAACUUGGAUGAUAAAUAUGUCAAGGGGAAAUGGAGUCUCGCUUGACCUCAAGAUGUUCAUGAGUUAACUAAAGGCCACAAAUGAAACAAAGUAAGGUGAUGGAAAAUUGUGGUCUCAUUGAAGAAGAGACUAAUCGUUGCUGAAAAUUAAAGAGGUUAGAAUGGAAGGUGAUUUAUUGAAGCACCUUGUCUCCGGAUGGUGGCUGAAGAUUCUGAUUGUUAGGCGGAGUAAUGUAGACGCCUUUACUUCUACCAUUAACCCUUUCAGACUUCCAUUGCAGCAAAAAAGGUCAAUUUUCCACCUUGCGCAUCUAGACGUAUCUAGACUCAGUAGUCAGAAGUAUAUACAAGAAGGCUUUACUUCUAGAUGACAGCAAAUUUGAUAAUCUUCAAGCUUUACUUCUAGGCUUUACUCAGUGGUUAGAAGUAUAUACAAAAAGGCUUUGUUUUCCUAGAGGCUUUCUCAAGCAGGUUUCCAGGAUAGCCCCAAUAAAUUCUUCAAGUUAGCUUCAUUCAAAGCCCUUUUAUUCAAAGCCGACUUCUAGAUGACGGCAAAUUUGAUUAUCUUUUUUCAUAAAACCAGAGCAAUGCACUGGAAUCUACUGUUAUACACUCUCUUCUAAUCUCCCAAUUCAAGAAGGAAAACAAAGAAGCACCACGGUUGUUGCUCACUGGUUGCUUGGGUGAGCUUGAAGGAGAUAGCUAAGACAUCUAUCAAAUUGCACACAUGCUUUCCACGUUUCUUGCAUUGACACUUGGUUUCAGUUACACUCAAGCAGCCGGCUUUGCAGGUCAAGU